AUGAAAGAUGGCAACCUACAUGCUGUCACAGAGCCGCUGCUGACUUUGGUGGCCCGAAACGACACUGGAGGCAAAGUAAAGAAGCUGUUGGAGUCCUCGAAAGAACAUCCAGUGCUCCUGCUCUCUGCUUCUGAUGUCACUGCAAUGACAGUUGGCUUCUAUGCCUAUGGAGGCUCACCUGUGAAGUUGAUGAGGGUUCUUGCUUCUGGCUUGCUGAACUCACAGGCACCUUUGCAGACUCCGUUGGGGGCCUUUUGGGUCUUGAACAUGCAGGACUUCCAGGCCAUGCUUGAGAAGGGCUCUGUGCAAUGCCAACUGUCCAACUUUGACAUGGUCUUGGCUACCACUGGACAUUCCCUGCCUUCAUGGAAGAUCAGCUCCAUGGUUCGCAAGAAGUCCAUACAAGCUGGAAAGAGGAAGCUGACGCAAGACAUUGCAAGCGCAGAAGCUGAGCUAGCCAAGAAGCGCCGGGAGCUGGAGCAAUUGGAUGCAGAGCUAUUGAUUCUUGAACCUGGCUUUGGUGCUUCAUGCCUUGCUUCAGGUUGCCUGCCCUAUCAGGGCAUGAGGGCACAGGGCUCAGGGCUUGACAUCCAUGGCAAGUCCAAAGAGGUGGUGGCAGAUGUCAUUUCCUACGUGCUGAGCACAGGAAGUUUGCGUGGCUAUUUGCAUUCACAGGCUCCCUGCCCUUUGCGCUCCCCUGAGGUGCGUGCUGAGUUGCCGCACAAGGUCCCCAAGGCCAAAGCUUUGCACAGAACGCCACCCCUGGUGAUCAACAGGGAGGCCAAGCAGACAGACCUGGCUGGGUACAAGGCCCCAUGGUGUCCAGACCAGUGCCAGACUGCUUUGGACACCACUGGCAUCUAUGAAGCUUCUGGGCUUGCUUUGUGGCUGCAGACAGGAGCCUUUGAUGUGCGAACAUUUGUGCCUGAUAUUGCUUGGCGGGAGCUUGAGGCUCUGGAAGCUUCACUUUUCAGUCCAUCGGCUCUACACAAACAUUCUGUGACCCGUGGUGCCAAGAAGCAAAUCAGACAGCGACUUCUUUGGCCAACAGUGAUGAUCUGUGGCCUGGCAGAUGCCAAAGCAGCUGCCCAGAAUUUCUUUGACCAACAGCUCCCUCUGGUGCAUGGGCACUACUUGGUUUGGGCAUGGUAUGUUGCCAUGUUCAAGGCCAUCCGCAAUGAUGAUUGCGCCUGGGCAGAGCAGCUGUGGGAGGCUGGGUGUGCAGUCACCAUCCAACUCCACACCAUUCCGGGUGAGACUAAGUGGCUGCAAACUCGCCACUUAGGUUCUGAAGGUAUCAAAGCUUUGGGUCAUCCAAGUGCAUCUGAUACAUUUGUCUCCUUUGUGCACUUGCUUCGGUCAAUGAACAUCACCAAGUUGCAACAGGGCAAGGAUGCCCACAUUCGCUGGAAUGGGGAACUGUACAACGACUCGAUGCACAAGGCAGCCCAGAGUCUUGCAGCAAUCUUGGAAGAGGAUACUGGGGAGUUGGAGGGUGCUUGGCAGGCGCUUGACUUUGACUUUGGCAGAGAGGUUCUCAGCAACCAGUAUUCAAAGCUAAGCCGCUUGUGCCACUAUGUCAAAUCUGCCAAGGUUGCAGGCUGGUCCCCACCAAAGCUCAUGGCUUACAUGAUUCGCAUGUUGCGCUUGACCUUCCAAUGUCGGAUCCAGCUCCCCAGCAAAGCAGUGGAGUCUUGGCUAGACAAAGACCGCAAGACUGGAGCAUUGGGCCUUUGGCCUGCACUUCUUGUGGUUUUGGAGGUCUUUGAGUUUGCGCAGAAGCUUGGUGCAAAGCUACCACUGCCAGAGCAAUCAAAGUUUGCAUCGGUGUGUUCUGAGAUGCUUGACCCAGUGACUUGCUGGGCAAAGUAUUUGGAAGCACUCUUCAAGGCAGAGAGCACUCAGGCACUAAAUGAGGAAGAUCUUGACCUUGAAGUAGCAGGCGGUGGCCCCACCACUGAGUGUGAUUUGUUAGCUGAGACCAAAAAGGCCUUCAACAAGCCCACUGGAAUGUUGCUUGAUGUUCUGCUUAAGCUGAUGCGUGGGGUCUAUCUCCAAGACUGCCGCAAGCUUGCAAGCGAUGGCUUCUACAAGGCCAUGGAUGGGUCAGCCAAGGAUCAAUGUGAUUUGGUGAGAGACUUGCAAGUGAUUGUCGAGCAUUUUGAAGGCAGUCAGAAGUCUGUCUCUCUGACCACUCAAGUGCCAGAACUUGGGCUUCUUCAAGGGCUCAGGGCACAGGGCGCAGAUGCUGAAUCUGCCGAGGAUCGUGAAGGGCAUUGGCGAACAGCGCAAGGGGAGCGCAAAAAGUACAUCAACCUGUCAGUGCCCAAGAGCUGGUCCAGAGAGAUGAUGACUGCAGCCUUUCGGAGCUCAGGCAAGGUGUAUAGCCACAGUGGCACACUCAAUGCCUCACACAGGCUUAUUUGCGCCAGCGCAGACCUUUUUCAAGAGGAAGGUGAAGCACCCUGGAGCAUUCAAAGCAAGCCUGGCAAAGAUUGGGCAGGUCUGGUGGAGUUUGCAGCUUCCUGCAGUGGCAGUUGCGACUUUGUCAUGUUGUUUGACGGGCGAAUGCGAGAGAUACGUCGCAUGCAUGAGGAUGGCCUUCUGGCCAAGCACUUGCAUGCAGAAGAGGCCACAAUCAUCUACAAUGGAGGCUGCCCACCCCGUGCAGGGAGAACUCGCAAGGUCCCUCUCCAGGCGAAAAACGUUGAAACUGUGGCUGUAGCUUGUCCAGUGCAGCGCAGCAGGAUUCGUGCAACAAAGAAGGAGCACUAUGCCACAUGUGGAGAAUCCUCAACAUACUCAGGUCGGUACAGCGGUGUGGACUUUCGACCAACCAGCCAACUCCCACUCAUUGACACAAAGGAGAAGCAGGCAAUCAUUCCUUUUGCGCCGUCUCCACCUGAAGACUGGGCUGACAAGCAUGGCUCCAGUGUCCCUUUGUUCUGGGCUGAGAGCAAGUCCAUUGGCCUUUGGGGGAGCACUUCUCGAGGAAUUUAA